AUGAGUAUCCUGAGUUUCCUGCAUAUUUGCCUUGUCCUGCACAUCUCCACCAAAAUCUCAUUUGUGGACUGUAACAUGUUUCUCUUCCAGCAAAACAAAGUGAACCAAGAUAGCUUAAAACUUCUGGAGAAAAUGGGAGGACAAUUUCCUGUGCAAUGUCUAAAUGAAAAAUCAAACUUUAUAUCCCUCCAGAAUUUGUUCAGCUCCACAGAAUUCCAGAAGGAGAACGCCAUGAUGGUAAUCCAGGAGAUCCUCCAACAGAGCUUCACUAUCUUCCGCAAAAUUCAAAUUCAGACUGACUGGGAUAGGAGUUCCAUAGCUGCAUUCCAAAAUGGACUUUAUCAGCAAAUAGAGCUGCUGAAGACAUGGUUUGAUGGAGAAAAAAAGAUGGAGACAACCUACCCUCAAAAUGAAGACCUCACAAGGCUGAAAGUGAAGAAAUAUUUCCAUGUGAUAGACACUUUCCUGGAAAAAAGGCAAUACAGCCGGUGUGCCUGUGAGAUAAUCCGCGAGGAAAUGAGGAGAUGUUUUCUGUUUAUUGACCAACUCACAAAAAGACUUAAAAACUAA